UAGAGUUGUAUCAUUAGGGUUUUAAUAGGGUUCAAACUCCUCCUUCGCUGUUGCUGAAACUUUCAGAAAUGCGAGCUUUUCAACAAAUCUUAACAAAAUUCUCGCAAAAACCAGUUGGUAAAUACUUCAAUUUUGUGAAGCCAUUUUCUACUGGAAAUGAUUGGAGUGCAAAUUUCGGUGGCACUGGUUCUACGGAAGAUUUGGGUUGGGAUGAGGGUUCAAAUUCAUGGUCUACUGGGUUAACCAAGGAGCAUUUUGAUGGAGAAGUUGUGGGUCGACAAAUGGGUACGGAACCCAAUGCACGAUCUGCACCCUCGUUUGGUUCAGCUAGAUGGACUGAUGAAGAAAUGGAUAUAGUUAAGGAGCUUCAUGCUGAGAAUCGAAAAGGGAAAGCUUUUGUUGAUGGAUGGGAUGAGAGGAUGAAGGAUAUGAGCGUUUUGAUGAAGCAGGUAAUGGAGCCAGGUGCAAGGGGGUCUUAUUUGAAGGAUUCAGAGAAGACAGAAAUGUACAAGAAGCACAAGGAGAAUCCAGAGUUGUAUACAGUUGAGCGCCUAGCAAAAGAUUACAGAAUCAUGAGGCAGAGGGUUCAUGCAAUUCUAUGGCUGAAGGAACUUGAGGAGGAGGAAGAGAAGAAGCUUGGGCGUCCAUUGGAUGACUCGGUUGAGCUCUUGCUUGAUACAUGCCCAGAAUUUUUCAAUUCUCAUGACAGGGAAUUCCAUGUUGCAACUCUUCCUUAUAAACCCGACUUCAAGGUCAUGCCCGAGGGUUGGGAUGGGACUACUAGGGAUCCUGAUGAGGUGCACUAUGAAAUAUCAAUGAAGGAAGAUGAGAUGCUGUAUCAAGAGUUUGUCCAAAGGAUGAACUUUAACAAGAUGAAGAUGGCGAAGAAAGUGAAAUGCCACAAGUAUAGCCGCAGGCGCCCUCCAAAUGGCUGGAAUUUCACUGUUGAGAUGCUAGGAUCUCGUGGCAAGCGUGGGAAUGGUGGUGGCUGGAAGUUUGUUAGUCAACCUGAUGGUUCCAGUCGACCCCUUGACGAGUUUGAGAAGAUGUUUGUCAAGAGAGAAACCCCACGUCGAAGGAAAAAAAUUCUCCCUUGAUUAUUGGCGUUAAAAGACAUGUUUUUUAAAUUGUUAGAUUUACUCAUAAUUGACGCAUUUUCAUGCGUUUCUGGAAGUUAUUUUUUUGGUUGUUGUUGGGCAAUACAGUUUUAUGAAAAUGUCUUUGCAGUCCUGUAUCCUUUGAUCAAAUUGAUUAAGUUCAAAGUUGUAGUGGAUAGUAUUUCUACCUAACAUUGUUUUGUGAAAGAUUGGUCAUUGCUUUGCCUACAUAAACGUUCAAUAACACGGGCUUAUGCUU